AUGGUUGCCCAAUUCUCCCUAGCGGAGACCCCAACCGGCAAGUAUUUUGCCUCCAUGGUCGAGCUGGGUAUAAUGCGUGUCUUUGUCGAGCAUAGUAUCUUCGACGCAAUCCCAGAGGAAGGAAUAUCGCUUGAGGACCUUGCGGAACAGCUGGGUAUUGAGUAUAACCUCAUUGAGCGUUUCACGGCUUUCCUCAUCUCAAUCGACGUGCUAAGAUCACCAGCACCCGGCCAUGUGGCUCAUACACCAACAUCAAAGGCCUUCCCAGACGCCCGUAUUGGGCAAUUCUACACGUACCUCUUCGACUUCUUCAUGGGACCAACAACACAGUGGCCGGGCUACUUCGCAGCGAAUGGGCUCGCUGAACCGCCUAGGUCAAAUCGCUCGCCGGGUGGGUUUGAGAUGGGCAUGCCUGAUAAGACGGCGUACGAGAUCAUGAUGGCGAUCCCGGGGUUAGAGACCAAGAUGAAUGGCGCCAUGGCUAUUGAUAGCGCGGGAAAUGCUGAUAGGGAGCUCAUCGUUGAUAUCGCUGGAGGCAAGGGCCAAGCAUUGAAGGUGAUUUUGGAGGAGUCGCCAGCGAUUCCUGCAGCUAGAUGUGUUUUGCAGGAUCAGCCGCAUGUUAUUGCUGAGGCUGUAGAAGAGCAUAAAGAUUCUACCGUUUUGGGCCCAGUAAAAAAGAUCGGACACAGCAUCUUUGAAGAACAACCGGUUAAAGGCGCACUUGUGUACUACAUACGGCGGGAUUUGAACGACUGGUCCGAAUUCGAAGUUCUUCAGAUCUUGAAGAACAUACGCACAGCCUGUGCGAACGACUCGCGCGUACUCAUUGCAGAGUACUUAGGUCUCGAAGAUCCAAGUGUCUACACUAGCACUGUCGACAUGUUCAGUUUGAAUAUUGACGGCAAGGUGCGUAGCGAGAAAGCGUUUUAUGAGCUUGCUGCGCAGGCUGGGCUGAAGAUUGUGUCAGUGACGAAGCACGAAAAGACGGAGUCAGCCGUAGUUGAGAUGAUUCCAAUUUAG